AGAGUCGCGUUUUAUGGCCAUGUCAAGUCCGUAAGAGGGGAAAAAUAAUACGCCUGUUAGAACUUGUGUUUAACCAUCCGAGACGGAAUUAAAGUACUUUUGCUCCACCCGAAAAGAGGCGUACCUUUCUCCACCACCAUUUUUCCCGGUCAGUUCGUCCUUGAGACGAGCAGAAACAAGAGUGAGAUCGGUCCGGUACCACAGCCACACAUACAACGGACCUUUAAUAGAAUGGUCAAGGUCUGCUAUUUGUAAGGAUGCGGUGCUCAACACCAUAAUGUAUAUUGCCAUUUGGUGGCGUCCAGCUUACGCCAACUGCCGCCAGUCGUCGCACUUCAAGACAGACGACGAGUGUCCAGAGAUUACGUACUCCGUGUAACCGGUGCAGCACUGUGUCGAGCUAUGACGCGUCAGCAGCCUGGGGCACAGCGUCAAGCCGUCACGGCUGUUGUGUUACUAUGUGCCGCACUACUGCAGGCGGCCGUCCUGCCCGUCGACACAGGUCAUGGAUUAACCGAUACUUUGCUCAUAAACACGUGUCCCCACUGUAUCACUGUAGGUGACCGUCAACUGGCCAACCGCCUGAAAGUCGAAGCAAUCAAACAGCAAAUUUUAUCCAAGUUGAGCCUUCGGGAGAAGCCAAACAUCACUGCCCCCGUGUCACGGGAAGUAGCUCUAGAAGCCCUGAGGCGGAUAGGCUUACAGUCCAUGCUGCCUCCGGAACAUUCCAUCCUAAGAGACGACGCAGAUGUCAACGGCGGCAACCUCGGUCGAGACGACUAUUACGGGAGAACAUCCGAAAUAAUCGCUUUUGCUGAGCCAGGUUCGAGUCUAAACGGCCACGUGCUGCUCGACUUCUAUCACCCUCACGAGCACGUCCACCGACUGCGAGUGACAGCGGCCACCCUGUGGAUUCAACUUCGAUAUUCGUCGUCGAGUCAAACUCGUCGUUCGCGACAGACGUUGAGAGAACCUCCGGUCACAUUAUAUGUCUUUCGUGUGCCCGUUACUAACGUGAGUAGUGCGGCCAACCCGGAUGGUUCUCUACCUUACAAGAUGUUGACCUCGCACAAGGUAACACACGCGGGAUGGAGGAGAAUCGACAUGGGAGAUGCGGUUCAGCGAUGGUUUUCCAGUUCAAAUCACGAAAAGUUGACUUUGUUAGUCGAUUGCGGUGGUUGCGAACGACGUUUGGAAUUGGUGCUCUUCAACGAAACACUGCUGUCGAACAAUUCGACUUUUAAACACAUACCCAAGAGGUUAAGACAUUCUGGGGGUCAUAAUCUACGACCGUUUCUCGCAAUUACUACAGAAAUGAUACGUCAGAGACGUGCUCGACGACACGCGGUCACUUGCGACUCACAAACGACUCAGUGCUGUAAACAAACAUUGUAUGUCAAUUUCCGAGAGUUGGGAUGGGCGGACUGGAUCAUCGCUCCCAAAGGUUAUUAUGCUAACUAUUGUAUGGGAGACUGUGCCAGCACCAGACGUCCACCUGAUACGUUCGUAAGUUUCCAUACGCACAUCCUGGAAGAAUACCGUAAUCGAAACCCUUAUGCUUCCAUUACACCCUGCUGUGCCCCUACGAAACUUUCUCCUAUGUCACUCAUCUACUUCGAUCCCGAUAUGAAUAUAAUCAAGACUGAUCUUCCGAAAAUGAUCGUGGAUGAGUGUGGAUGUACGUAACCUAUAAGAGAUAUUGAGGAGCCGAAUUCGUCAUCCGGUGACACUCGAGAUCUUGCUUCGAGCAGCCACCUUUGGCAUCUUGCUGGUUUUUGAAGCAUUCUGGUGACGAGUGGUGAAUAGGAAAAGUCGACUCGAUGGUAUGAGACGCCAAUCGUCCCAUUUUGUACCAUAGACAGAGAAAGAAGGUGUUGUAAUAAAAAUGUUCAUGGCGAGGUUGACUUUUUCUAUUAUUCGCGAAACGAUUACUAUUAAAGUUAAAUUUUAUGAGUAAUGUUCUUCAUAGAAUAAUUACUUUCAAAAUGAGAACUAAUCAUAUAACAGACAGACGACAGGACAAGCCAAGCGCCACUCGACUAGUUUUCCAUUAAUGUAAUUAUUACACGACUACAUGUAUAUAUAUUAGUCCUCGUCUGUACUGAAUAACUUUAUCGUCGUGCUAGACAAUAACAACUCCAUUUGU